AAACCCUUGGCUGUGUCUCAAGUCGUGAACUAGGAACUGGACUGAAGUGAAAGCAAGGACGAAAUCGGUGGACCCACAUACGACGGAAUCCUCCACAAUCCAAGAGGCUGGCUGCGCCCAUGGUAUCAUCCAACGGAUUCACCAUACUGUGUGGUUUUGGAGGAGUACAAGGAAGGAGGAAAUACCGUCUCUGUCUUCCUCAAAAGCUUCAGUUUCCUUCAAAGCUAAAGCUUGUCUAAAGCAAUUAACUUGUUUAAGAGAAAAUCUGGGAUUUUGACAUAGACCUUGGGAACUUUUAUGAAUUCUUAUAUCUUUUAACUUCAAUAAAAAUGGCUGCUGAAGAAGUUCUUGUUAAUGUUCAUGAUCAUGGUAAAAUUGUGGAUACGCAAAAGCAUAGAGUCCAAUGCAAUUAUUGUGACAAAGAAAUGAGUGGCACCACCCGUCUUAAGUACCACUUGGGAGGUGUACGAGGAGAUGUGACUGCUUGUUUAAAAGUUCCUGAAAAUGUGAAGGAAUUAUUCAGAAACCUGCUAGAAACAAGAAAAGGAACACCUGGAAAGGAAGUUAAGGGGCUGUUUCAACAAGAUCUCACCCGGAAAAGGAAUCGGUGCCCCAAUUCAAAUGGUUUCAAGAAAAGCAAGGGUGGAGCAGCUCAAACAUCUAAUUUUGCCAGUGGGAACUCUACAGAAACAGAUUCUGUAUCCGAAGAUGGCAUGAAUGAACCCAUUGUACUUCAUUCCAGAAGGGCAGUUUCACAAACUGCAGUUAAUGCUGACCAGAAUGAAGAUUCAUCAUCUCAGCAAGCCAAAAAAUGCAUUGCUAGAUUUUUCUAUGAAACAGGUAUUGAUUUCAGUGCAGCAAAUUCAUCAAGCUUACAGAGGAUGAUUAAUAGUACUAUUGGUUGUAGCCAGACAAAGUAUGGGAUUCCGAGUAGUCAGGAGCUGAAAGGGUGGAUUCUUCAGGAUGAAGUGAAGGAAAUGCAAGAAUAUGUGAAGAAUAUCAGACAGUCGUGGACAAGAACUGGAUGUAGCAUCUUGUUGGAUGGAUGGAUUGAUGAAAAGGGUCGAAACUUGGUUAGUUUUAUUGUGGAUUGCCCACAGGGCCCAAUUUACCUUUGGUCAUCUGAUGUCUCAGCCCAUGUUGACAAUAUUGAUGCAUUACAUUUGCUACUGGAUGGGGUUAUUAAGGAGGUUGGGGUUGAAAAUGUGGUUCAAAUUGUUGCCUUUUCUACAACUGGUUGGGUGGGAGCUCUGGGCAAGCAGUUCAUGGACAGGAACAGGACUGUAUUUUGGACUUUGAAUGCAUCUCACUGUAUAGAGCUCAUUCUAGAGAAGAUAGCAAUGAUGGACAAGAUCAGAGAGACAUUAUCUAAAGCCAAGAUUAUAUCAAAGUUCAUUCAUGGCCACCCAACAGUAUUGAAGCUUUUGAGAGAUUUUACUGGGAGUCAUUAUCUAAUUAAGCCUUGCAAAUUAAGGUCGGUGAUGCCUUUCUUGACUCUGGAGAAUAUGAUAUCAGAAAAGAAAAGCCUGAGUGUGAUGUUUGCAUCAUCCAAGUGGAAAACCUCUAUUUGGGCUUCUAGAACAAAGGGAAAGAGAGUAGCUGAUUUGGUGGGAGAUUCUACUUUCUGGAAAGGAGCUGGGAUGGUUAUAAAGGCAACUCUGCCUCUAGUUCGUGUUUUAUGUUUGAUCAAUGGGGCUGAUAAACCACAAAUGGGGUACAUAUACGAAACCAUGGAUCAAGUGAAGGAAACGAUUAAAGAGGAGUUCAAAGGCAAGGAAUCCCAGUAUAUGCCCAUUUGGGAAGUGAUUGAUGAGAUUUGGGAUGGUCAACUCCAUAGUGCUCUUCACGCUGCAGGUUAUUAUUUGAAUCCAAGUCUCUUCUACUCAACUGAUUUUCAUAGCGAUCCCGAGGUUGCCUUUGGCCUGCUCUGUUGUAUGGUCCGUCUGGUACUAGAACAGCGCAUCCAAGAUCUCAUUUCUAGACAACUUGAGGAAUAUAGAAAUUCUAGAGGUGCUUUUAGUGAGGGGAGUACUGCAAAACAAAGCAGCAAAUUUUCUCCAGCAUCAUGGUGGUCUCUUUAUGGAGGACAAUAUCCUGAAUUGCAACAAUUUGCCACUAGAAUCUUGAGCCAGACGUGUGCUGGUGCUUCAAAAUAUAGGCUGAACAGGAGUUUAGCAGAAAAGUUGCUUACAAACGGAAGGAAUCCUCUUGAGCAGCAAGUAUUGAGUGAUCUGGCAUUCAUUCAUUAUAAUUUGCAAUUACAGCAGCAGCAUUCUGAGUUAGGUGGAAACUAUGAGAUUCUUGCCGAGGACAUUGAUCCAAUGGAUGAUUGGAUUGUAGAUGAUACUGAGGAAGAAGCUAUUAUUAAUGGGGAAAGGUCAUCCCAGUUUGAAGCUAAGGAAGAGCCCAAGUAAGAUUAGAUAUGUUAUAUGAAUUUGUAAGAAUGUAUCUUGUACUAAAAUAUGUAGUGUUUUCAAGCUUCUUUUCUUCUUCUUUUUCCCCCCCUUAGUUUAUGACAAUUUGAAAGUAAUUGUUGGAGCUCCCAUAGGGUUUGGUUUAGGAUUUACCUCGUCGAAGUGUUCAAUUCUGUUUCACUGAAUAUUUUGUUUUUCCAUUUCAAGCUUAUAUAGAUACAAUCUUAUUUUACAAUUACAACAAGUACUGAUCAUUGUUAUGUAUCAUUAAACGAGUGAAUUUGCA